AUGCACAUAGAGGAAAAAUCUAGUGAAAAUAAUCAGUGCAGAAAGUCUUUUAUGCAUAAGGCCAGUCUUGCAGGAAAUCAGAGAAUCCACACUGGUGAGAGACCUUAUGAAUGCAAACAGUGUGGAAAGACAUUCAGUCGGAGCUCAAGUCUUGCUAUACAUCAGAGAAUCCACACUGGGGACAAACCUUAUGAAUGCAAGCAAUGUGGAAAGACAUUCAAUCACAGCUCCAGUCUUGUUGUACAUCAGAGAAUCCACACUGGAGAGAAACCUUAUGAAUGCAAUCAAUGUGGAAAGGAAUUCAGAUGGAACUCCGCUCUUGCUCGACAUCAGAAAAUCCACACUGGGGAGAUAUCUUAUGAAUGCAAGCAAUGUGGAAAAACAUUCAGUCGGAGCUCCUAUCUUGCUGUACAUCAGAGAAUCCAUACUGGUGAGAAACCUUAUGAAUGUAAGCAGUGUGGAAAGACAUUCAGUCAGAGCUCUGGUCUUGCUGAACAUCAAAGAAUCCACACUGGGGAGAAACCUUAUGAAUGCAAGCAGUGUGGAAAGACAUUUAGUCAGAGCUCCUCUCUUGCUGCACAUCAGAGAAUCCACACUGGGGAGAAACCUUAUGAAUGUAAACACUGUGGAAAAACAUUCCGUCAGAGCUCCAAUCUUGCUGUACAUCAGAGAAUCCACACUGGGGAAAGACCUUAUGAAUGUAAUCAAUGUGGAAAAACAUUCAGUAAGAGCUCCACUCUUGCUGUACACCAGAGAACCCACAUGGGGAAGAACCUUAAGAAUACAAGCUAUGUGGAAAGAUUUUCACAUGUAGCUCCAGUCUUUCUAUUGUGUGAAGGAAAUUUACUCUCCCCCCUUUCUGCGGCAGCAUCCUGGCCUGAGCCUGAAGUUGACUCAGAGGUGAGGAUUGUGUGAUGGAAACCAAAGAGUUAGGAUAGAAUGGUAGCAGGAAAAAGGGCAGCAAUAGAGCCCAGAUGGGUGGCCCAGGCGAGAGAGAAAGCCACAGUUAGCUCCUGAGAUGAGAUUUGUGAAUUAAUGGACAGAGAAAAGGGUUUGAUAAAAUGAGGCAAGAGUUGAUAUCCAAGCUAUUCUCUUCCAGUUUUGUUGCUGGCUGGACGUUCCUGUGAGUAUAGCUAGGGUGCCCCAAUGGUGGCCACAGAAUAGCAAGCUAUAUGGAGCAGUGAGAAAAGUAUCUCUCUUCUACUUUUCCAUCUUUUCCCCCUACUACUUUUGAUUUAAUAAAAUUAACAGCCACUCAAAUUUCCCUCUUACACUAUACAUCACAGAAACCACAGACAUUCAUACCUUGCUCAAAAUCAGACAAUUCACUCUAGAAUGUCAUAAGUUCUACUAAAAUUAGAUCCAAAUGGACACGAUUUAGACCAAAAGUAUGAUGCCAUAAGCAAGUUAAGGGAGUAUAGAUUAGUUUACUUUUCAGAUCAACUUACUGACAAGGGAAGAAUUUAUGACCAAAUAAGAAAUAGAUAACAUUAUGAGAUGUAAAAUAGGUAAUUUUUAUUAUGUUAAAUUCAAAACUGUACAAACUAAUGCAACCAAGAUCAGAAGUAGAAACAAAGUCAUCCUUUGCUUUAUAACAAUAUGUCCAAUUAAAUAUUUCAGUUUUUAAAAAUUCUAACCCUAUUCUCAAAUACCUUAAUUCAUCAUUUCAUGGCAUCUAGAUCUAAAGAGGAGUUAAUUUAG